CGCGCCAUUAGUAGUUUGACUAUCGAGCGAAAAUGAGUGAAAAUGUAAAAGUUGUGGUGCGUUGUCGCCCUUUGAACCGAAAAGAAAAUGAAAGUAAAUGUGAAAACAUUGUUGAAAUUAAUGAAUACGCAAUAUCUGUGCUUAAUCCGUCAGCCCGUAAUAGUCAAAAAAAAAUGUUCACCUUCGAUAGUGUGUACGACAUGAUCUCAAAAACUGAAGUUAUUUAUAACGAAAUGUGCUAUUCUUUAGUGGAGAGCACGUUAGAUGGAUACAAUGGCACGAUAUUUGCCUAUGGCCAGACAGGAUGUGGCAAAACACAUACGAUGCAGGGCGAUGGUAGCGCUAAAGAUGGUUAUAAUUGCGGAAUAAUACCCAGAUGCUUUGAACAUAUUUUUGAAACAAUAUCUAUGGCCACUAAUAUUAGGUAUUUGGCUUUAGUAAGUUAUUUGGAAAUUUACAAUGAAAAUAUUCGAGAUUUAUUGUCUGAUUCUACGGGUAUUAUGAAUCAUCCGCUCAAAGAAAUGCCAGGCGUGGGAGUGACAGUGCCAACUUUAACUACACAACCAGUAAUAAAUGCAAAACAAUGCUAUUAUUGGCUCAAAUUAGGCAACAAAAACCGUGUUACAGCUACUACUCUAAUGAAUGAACAAAGCUCCCGCUCGCACACUAUAUUUACAAUAAGUUUGGAGCAAUUUCAAGGACCUUCUUCCUCAUCAGUAUCGAGCAUUGCAUCGGGGGAUAUAAUGGGAGGAAUUCGUCGCGGAAAAUUAAGUUUGGUUGAUUUGGCAGGUUCAGAAAGACAGCGUAAGACUGGAGCUCAGGGUUCGCGAUUUAAAGAGGCUACAAAAAUUAAUUUGUCGCUUUCUGCUUUGGGAAACGUAAUUUCAUCAUUGGUCGAUAGUAAAUCAAAACAUGUACCAUAUAGGGAUUCAAAACUUACACGACUGCUGCAGGACUCUUUAGGAGGCAAUACAAAAACUCUCAUGAUAUCAUGUAUUUCACCAGCAGACUCAAACUACGACGAGACUCUAUCCACACUGCGUUACGCUAGCAGGGCAAAGAAUAUUUCAAAUAAACCAAAAAUUAACGAAGAUCCAAAAGAUGCUCAACUUCGUCAGUAUCAAAGUGAAAUAUUACAUUUAAAAAGAAUGCUCGAAGAAUCCGAACAAAAAAUAUUCCGUAGAAAAGAUAAAGAUAACAAUAUAAUACAAUUAUCUCAUAUAAAUUCUGAUUUGCAAAGUCCAAGUGCAGACUUGUACAUUGCCAAUAUGAAUUUCCCGACACCAAAACCUGAAAUAGACUACCUAUCUCAGCUAAAUAAACCAAAGGUUUCCGAAUCAAGUGAUGAGCUGCAACUACAAGCACGAAAUCGUAUCGAUUUUAUUAAACGCACAUUGAUUGGAGGUGAACGUGCUAAUGAUUUGCAGCUAAGGGAACGGCAUCGAGUACGAAAAAUAGCAGCACAACGCCACUUGAGCGCCAUUGCCAACGCAUUAAGUAGAGUCGAAAGCGAGGAUCGAGACCUUUUACAAGGUCAUUAUGCCAGUAUUACACAGGAAAUAAACAUAAAAAAUGAGCAUAUUAGAAUCUGCAGACAAAAAAUUAAAAUGCUUGAAAGAGAAGUUGCUGAUUUAAACUCCGAGUUUCAACUAGAUCGAGAGGACUAUUUAGAUGAAAUUCGAAAUCUCGGACGUAAUAUAAAAUUUUUUCAACAACUAUUUAGUAAAGUUCAACCUAUUCUUCGAAGAAACGGAAAAAAUUGGUGUCCCACCGUUAUUUUAGAAAAUUCAUUUUGGAAUGAUGAUCUUAAAGUUUGGAGGAUUCCGGACACAGAUACCUUAAAGCUACCACCGGCUCAUCUGAUACCUGAUUUUCAGCGAAUCAAUAGCUCAGGAAUAGGGGAUAUUAAAAACUCAAAAUAUAUUGAAAAAAACACCAAUAUCGCCAGUGUGAAAAAUGACGAAAAGGACUCGGAUAACUCAGACAUAGCCAAAGAAACGUAUAAUGUAAAUAUACUUCAAAAUUACUUUCGGUCAACCCGUCAAAAAAAUAUGGACUAUGAACCCAGUACAAAUCGGACUAAGAAGUUUUAUGCUGAAACAGAUAUUAUGUCAACCAAAACUAACAUUCCUAUGGCAACUCAACUUAAAAAACUUGUGUAUCCUGUAAAAGAGACAACAGAUCACCCUGAUCUUUCAAAAAUUGAUAACCGCUUGGGACAGGAAAAAAUAAUAAAUUAAGAAAUUUCUCUUUAAAUUGUAAAUAUGACUACUUGUCAAUUCUUGUCACAGAUAAUCAAAAUUUACAUUAAUUUAUGCGGCUGUUGCUAAGUUUUAAGCAUUGUCAAUCAACCUCAAACAUUCUUUACCUUACAUAAUUCGAAA